AUGGGUUCUAAUGUGAAGAUCUCAAAGCUUAGAAAGUUUAUUUGGAUUUAUAGAAUUGAGAUGGUAUUGUUACAAGAGACUAAGAAGGAGGAUUUAAAGGAUAUUGAAAUUAGUAGUUUUUGGUGUAAUGAUGAUUUUGAUUUUAGAUUCUCGAAAGCAAUGGGAAAAUCUGGGGGUAUUCUGUCUGUCUGGGAUAAAAGUAGAUUUCAGAUCUUGGAUAGCUUAAUUACAGAUAGAUUUAUUUUGAUAGAAGGGAAGUAUGCUCCGCAUGAUUUGUCAUUUUCUGUUAUGAAUGUUUAUGCUCAUUGUGAAGUAUCUGAACAAGUCAUAGUUUGGAGUGCAAUUGUGGAAGUUAGGAGGAAAAGUAAGAAUAGAUGGUUCAUGGCAGGUGAUUUCAAUGCAAUAAGAAGUAACAACGAGAGAAGCGGGUGUUCUUACAGACAAACGGAGAUUCACGAAAAAGAAGGUGAUGUAGAUUUAAAUGUGAAAUUAAGAAGGGUGAAAGGAGCACUUCAGAAAUGGAAUUUACAGAACUACUGGAAUUUUGAUAUGGAAGCAAAAAGAUUGGAGAAGAGGAUUAAUGAGUUAGAUAUAAAGAGUGAUGCUGAUGGUUUAGAUGUCAGAGAAAGAGAGGAACAACUGAGCUGCACAAGGAGGUUAUGGGAUACAUUGAAGGAAAAGGAGGAUAUAUGGCGCCAGAAAUCAAAAUCGAACUGGCUGAAACUGGGAGAUGAAAACACCGCUUUUUUCCAUAGAGCAGUUAAGAUUCAGAGUAAAAAGCGAUUGAUAUUGGGAACUAAUUUGGGAGAGGUCGAUGAUGUUGAGCCGGACAAACUUAGAGCUAAGGUUUUCAAUUUCUUUAGCAACCAUUUUAGACGCAAGGAAAAGAAGUGGAAGACGGAGAUCAAUUUGCCGUUCAAACAACUAUCAAGGGUGGAUGCAGAAGGGCUUGAAGUGAUUUUUUCCAUUGAAGAAGUUAAGGAUACUGUGUGGAGUUGUGGGAAGGACAAAGCUCCGGGUCCGGAUGGUUUCAAUAUAGUCUUUUUUAAGAAAGCAUGGGAGUGGGUAAAAGAAGAUUUGAUGAAGACCAAGGAUAAGUUUUAUAGGAAUGGAAAAUUGGUGGCUAAUCCGACUGAAAUUUCGGAAUAUAGACCGAUCUCGUUGGUGAGCAGCUUGUACAAAAUAAUUGCUAAAGUGUUAGCAAGGAGAUUAAGAGGUGUGAUUGGAAAAGUGAUUAGUGAGACACAAUGUGCAUUUAUAGCAGGAAGACAGAUUUUCGAUGGAAUCUUAGUGGCAAAUGAAGUCAUUCAUUCUUUGAAUAUAGAGAGUGGAGGGAGAGGUGGAUUGAUUUUAAAACUAGAUUUUGCAAAGGCGUAUGAUUGUGUUUAUUGGGAGUUUUUAGACUCUGUUCAGCACAAUAUGGGUUUCGAAAGCACAUGGAGACGCUGGAUUUGGGAAUGUAUUUCGACAGUUAGAGUUUCUGUUCUUCUAAACGGGUCUCCUACAAAAGAAUUUAAAAUGUACACAGGUUUACGGCAGGGAGAUCCAUUGUCCCCCUUUUUGUUCAUAAUGAUAAUGGAGGCUCUUCAUCUUUUGUUAGAAGGAGCUGUUCGCAAAGGAUUCAUUGAAGGUGCAGAUCCUAGAAGAUUUUCGACUUGGGAACCUAUUAUUGAAAAGUUUAAAGCUAAAUUGGUGGGCUGGAAAAGCAGGACGUUAUCUUUUGCUGGGCGAGUGGUUCUUAUUAAUUUAGUGUUGUCAAUGUUGUCGUUGUAUUAUAUGUUGAUUUUCCUUAUUCCAAAAGCGGUUAUAUCAAAAAUUGAUAAGAUUAGAAGAGGUUUUUUGUGGGGUUGUGAUGGAAACAAAAAUAGAUUGCCAAGGGUGAGUUGGGGUAGAUUGUGCUGUCCGAAAAAGAAAGGUGGGGCUGGAAUAAUCAAUCUAAAGGCAAAGAAUAUGGUGUUGCUUUCUAAGUGGGGUUGGAGAUUUGCUAUGGAAAGAGGGGCAUUAUGGAGGUCUGUAAUCAGUCACAAAUAUGGCUCAGGUGAUCUGCCUUGGUUGGUUAGUCUUGAAGAUAUCAAGAAAGCUUCGAUAACUUGGAGAGGGAUCGUGAAAAACUUAUCUAGUGAAAGUAUAGCUAAAUGGAUGAGUGGGAAAUCUUUUAGGUGGGUAGUGGGUGAUGGGAAAUCAGCAAAAUGGCGAAAAUCCCAACAUCCUCAUAUCUACAGGCUAGCGUUGAGGAAAUAUAUUACGGUGCGUGACAUGAUUUCUGCAGGUGAAUGGAAAAACUUAGAUUCAGCAGCUUUGUUUGAGCGUCAAUUUCUUGACAGGGAAUUCAAUACUGUUCGAAUUAUAAAACGCGAAGUGGACGAUGUGAGUUUAAAUUCAUUUUUGGCUGAUCGGAUUAUAUGGGUGCAUGAGACUGAUGGUUUAUUUAAGGUUAAGAAAAUGACAUAUUUGCUCCUCAGUGACGAGUAUUUUGAAGACGUAUAUUUGUUUAACUUUGAUAGAAUAUGGAGCCUUAAAGUCCCUCCGAAGGUGAAAUAUUUUCUAUGGAUGCUUAAAUUGAACAGAGUUCCAAAUAAGGUAUUCCUCUUUAACAGAGGAAUUAAGUUGUCCGAUGCUCAACGAUUGUGCCCAUGGUGGUGGCAUAUUCCAGGCUUUAAUUUGCAGUCAGUGGAUGAAAUAUUUGAGUUUUGUUUUCAGUUUAGGUGGACAGAAUCUACAGCAUUGGCUUGGUUUGUAAGCUUUGCAGCGGCGUUAUGGAGCCUAUGGUUGGCUAGGAAUGAUGUAGUUUUUAAGAGUAAAAGUACGAAUCUCAAAGAUCUGCUAGUAUAUGUGAAGAUGAGGGCUUAUGCUUGGUGUAAGGCGUUGAAGGUUUUUAGUGUGUUAGAUGAGAAACGUUGGUGGGAUUGGCCAGGGGAGUCAGCGAGUCUAUGUGUACAACAACGUCCCAAGUCUGUGUGGAAGCCGCCAGUGUUGGGUCAGAUGAAGUUUAAUGUGGUUGGCUCAGCAACGAACAAGUUAGCAGGGUGUGGGGGAAUCUUGAGGACUGCAGAAGGUUAUGUAGUAGCAAUAUUUUUUGGGGCCGGUAGUACUGAACUGGAUACAAAAUGCUUUAGCUCGACCAUGGAGGUGGGGGCAAUUUUUCAGGGAAUUAAUGUGGAUGCAAUGAAGAUAACUGAGAUAAAGUUUGCUUUCUCGCCUAGGAGUACUAAUAAUAUGGCAGAUUAUCUGGCAAAGAUGGGCUCGAAGAGAAAAGUCUUGUUCAAGGCAAGCUGGUGA